AUGUCGUGCUCGACUGUGGCGAUUGACUUUGCUUGGAGGCAGCUGGCGGCCAUCAGUGUCCUUACUGGCCUGGAGGCGGCCGAGAUCUACGACGCCUGGCUGGAGGGUACCCGCCACGCUCUUCUCGAGUUGCACAGCUGGGUCGGCAGGGCUCAGUCAGUGGCUCUCCUUCCGUUGAUCGAUCUCUUGACGACCCUCCAUUGCGGAUCGGUGCAGCCAGUGGGAUCCGGCACCAUUGCUCCACGGGGCACUUCAGUGUUGUCUGCAGAAGAUGCUCGGUCCGAGGUGAUUUCGACUAUCUUGCGCUCUCGGGUGCAGCUGGCUUUGGUGCUGCCAAUGCAGGAUCCACAUCGGAAUCUGCGUGAGCUGGUUGCAGCUCACACGCUGUCGGACAUCAUGCGCUCCAUCGGCGAGGACCGGCAUUCAGGUUUCUUGAUGUGCAGAAGGUUGUCGGAGCAAGCAACCGCCUUGCGCCUCAAGGGUCUGUCUGAGAUAGCGCCCGCAUGUGUUCGAGCCGAUGUCGUUUCUCUUGAGGGUGUCCGUAGCGCGGGUCUUGCGUUGUUGAGAGAGGGAGUGCAGCGAUGGCAGCUUGAAAUGUUACUAGCGGCUCCGGGUGAUGGAGCGGUGCUGGCAAGACAUCGAGCUGAUUUGCCGCCAGUUCGGAAACGGCAACGGGCGUCGUUCGACUUAGCUAUGCAGGCUGCGGCACCCAGCGAGCGAGCGAGGGCGCUGCAGGAACUUGAUGAUGAGGUCCUCGCCAGGACGACCAUAGGACCCAUGGAGUCCCGUCUCCUUGUGUGGAGACGCCUCUGUGAGGCGUGGGAGGUCACAGCCUUCCCGCUCGACGACAAGAACGUCCGUGCUGUUGGAGCAUCUCUGAAGAGGGGUCGGUAUCGCUCAGCGGCCCAGUAUUAUUCUGCUGCGGUGUCAUUCCAGGUCCGUCGUCUACACAUAGCACUUCAGCCGUACAUCAAAGCUCUGAUACGGGAUUGUGUGAGGUCCAUCAAGCGGGGCCUCGGCCCUUCUGCCUUGAAGGACUCCUUUGACGUCUGCCUUCUCGCACCUCACGUGCAGCCGGGCACCGAGUUCGAACCUUUCUCCUGGCAGGACAUGGCCGCGGCCACAGAUGCUCUGCUGGUCGCAUCCUACUGGUGUAUGAGGGAGAUUGAAAUGGCCGGAGCUUCGUCGGAUCAUCUUUACUUCAGGUCAGGAUUGGCUCUGCUACUUCUCCCAGUGCACAAGACCGCGGCCAGUGGUGCGCUGACGGAACGGGGUUUGGCCUGCGGGUGCUCUGCUCGGCAGCACCCUCUCUGCCCGGCCUGUGCAGCUCGCAGGCAUGUGCAGCGAUUGGAAAUUUUACAAGGAACGCUUGAUGCCCGGACCUUGCCUCUCUUUCCCGGGGAUCGUGGACAGGUGUUGGAGAAGCGCGAGGUGGUACAGUAUAUCAGGGACACCUUGCGUCGGGCAGGCAUUCGCACGACCCGACCGGACGAGGUCGGCCGAGAAGUGGACCGCUUCGGCGGCCAUGUCCUCCGUGUCUCUGGCACGCAGCAUUUAUACCUGCUGGGUCUCCGCUGGGACCUUGUUCAGCUUCAUGGGCGAUGGUCCUCAGUAGCCAUCCAGAAGUAUCUGCAGGAGGCCCCGUUGCUGCAGGUGCCAGGCACUGUCGCUCAAGCACUUUCCUCCGACGAUCCAUUGCCGCCACCGCGACUGCGAGUGCGGGUCGCUGCUGACGACGCGAGUGUGCAAGCUCGCGGAAUCGAAGGCGAUCUUGAGUCUUGUGCCCCUCCGGCCAAUGGUGGAUCGGAGCUGCGUGGCCCAGCCCAGCAGGAGGCGGCGGCUCUUCAGAUCGAGUUUCGACCGAUGCGGGACGCCAUGGAGGCCGUGGAGACCCUCGUGGUAAACACCAGGACACGGAGGGCCCACAAGCCCGAUUCGAACGAACAGACCACACAGCAGGCUCUCUGGACCACCUCUUGCGGCAUAGCUUAUGGCAACUCACGAUUCUUCCGGACGAGGAGUGACAGACCCGAGUGGGCGCGGUGCAAGCGGUGCUUCCCCAGCCAGGAUUUGUCAGCAGCAGACGACAAUCCAGAGUCGGAUCCCGAGAGUGCCGGGAGCUCUAGCUCCUUGGACUCUUCUUCGUCCAGCUCUUCCUCCGAUUGA